UGUGUACCUUGGUUCUAGCAGGGAGGGUCCCAGUCCAUCCGUCCUGUCUGAGGUCUGUUUGCCUGAGCUGGAGGAGUCUAAAUGUGAGGAGGCCACUGAUGACAGGCUGCUUACUAGAUCCGCUGAAAUAUUUCUACCACCCUGAUUCCACUCUAGGCUCCAAGAUAUCAAAUACCCCGACUGCUCCUCUGGGCUCUAUAGAAGCCAGGCUAAGGCACCAAUAUGCUCUCUCCACCACCUCAAAAAGCCUGGGGGGGUCAGUGUCCCAUAAAAGCACAAAUCUCGGAGGCAGAGGCAGGAGACUCUCUGAGUUCAGGGCCAGCCUGGUCUACAGAGUGAGUUCCAUGAUGACCAGAAACCUUGUCUCUAAUAACAGAAAACAAAAGCACAAAUCUAGCGGAGCCAGGGUCGCUCCAGGCCUGUAGGAGCCUUGAGGGGUAACAGCUUAAGAAACCAGACUUACUGCCACCAGGAAACUAAAGAAACCAGAGACUGCAGUGAACCGGCUAGAAGGGCCCUCCAAUCGGAAGCCAGAGAGGGGUGAUGACCUUUCGACCACGAAGUUCACCCUAUUCUACCCGGGAGUCUAGCCUUCCACAACUCAACCGUCCUACGUUUUUGUGCAGCCUUCCCUCCCAGGUUCACACGCCCACCCCAGAGUCUUAAUUCCCCGCCCAGUGAAUCUUGUUCCAGGGACACGCCCCUCUAGUGUGCCCCGCCCAAGGCCCUGGUACAAGCCUCUCAACCCGCACGCACUCCAGCUGGGCAGCCCAAGCUCUCCCCUCCCCUGGACAUGCUCUCUCACUCACAUCCCUGCUUCUCCUUUUCGUCUCUGUCCCCCCACCCCCGCUCACUUUGCCUCCCCUCAGUCCUCUACCUUGAGUCCCCAGAGCCCCUCUCUCCCCUAACACUGUUCUCCAGUCCUCACUCCUGAUUCCCCCCUUCCCCUGGCAUUUGGCUCUGCCGCCCAGCUCCUUUCAGCCAGUCUCUUGCUCCCCUUGCCCCCAGAAUUACUUCCACCCACGCCCCAUGAGACUCCCCCAAACUUCUCCAAGAUGAUCCCUACACCCAGCUUUCCCUCCCACUAGUCUACCCACACCGCGCCCUUUAAGGCUCGCAUACCACCCUCACCCUGUUCCACCUCCUUCCAGUUCUACCCUAUCCCGGCCCUCCCAUCUCCUGGAGGUCUCCCGGCCUGUCACCCCUACCCGCUCCUCAUUCCUCUUACCACCCCUCCCCUGGAUUGCCUUCCUCAUUUUCUCCCUGUCCCCGGCACUCCCCCAACUCCCCCAACCCCGUCCUGUUCAUCUCCCGCGCCCCUGAUCCCAAGCUACCCGGCUUCUCCAUCCUCCCAUUCUCCUCCUGAGCAUCCCCCCCCAUCAGCCUCUACCUCCUCCAGCCUCCCAGAUCACCCUUGCCUCUCCAUCGCUCCCAUCCCCGAGACCCCCUCGACUCCUCCCGCUCAUCCAUCCCUCAGGGCCCCUCUUACCCCGUAGCUCCCCCCCUGCCCAUCCCUCCAUCGCACAUCCCUCCCCAGUACUCCAGGAAUCCCCCUCCCUGCUCCUCCGCCCCGUCCCGCCCGCCUCACUCCCGCCCCAGUCCGGUAGGGCUCUCUGGCUGCGCGCUCCAGGCUGGGUGCGAGCCAUGGGCAGCGGCAGCAGCCGGAGCGGCCGGAUCCCGAGGCAGCGGCGCAGCCCUGACAGGCGCCAGGCAGACACGGGAGAGGCAACCUCGGAGGGCGGCACAGCUGACCAGGCCCCGACGGCCGCGACGCAGAAGGAGACCGGCCCCGAUCCCCGCCCCACGACGCCCCCCGGCGGCCGGGAGGAGACCCUGCGCCUGCUGGACCAAUUGCUGGCCGAGUCCGAGACCUGGGGGACCCAGGAGCCGACCCCACGCGGCCCCGCCCGGCUUCCACCCGCGGUGUCCCCAGAAAAGAAGAGUAAGGACGACCCAGAAGAGAGCUGUACCCCAGAAGCUCCAGGCAGCAGCCACAAGAGACCCGAGGGACAGUCGGCCAUCUCCUACGAUUACUCCGAGGAGGAGUUGAUGGCGAGCAUCGAGCGGGAGUACUGCCGCUGAGCUGGCUGAGCAGUCUCGGUUACCACUGGCCAGGCUUCGCAGGCCUGUGAGCUGGGCUCCCGUUAGAGGGUACCACCUUGCUCCACCCAGGCCUGUGAGCUGGGCUCCCGUUAGAGGGUACUACCUUGCCCCACCCGUGGCCUGUGAGCUGGGCUCCCGUUAGAGGGUACCACCUUGCUCCACCCAGGCCUGUGAGCUGGGCUCCCGUUAGAGGGUACCACCUUGCUCCACCCAGGCCUGUGAGCUGGGCUCCCGUUAGAGGGUACUACCUUGCCCCACCCGUGGCCUGUGAGCUGGGCUCCCGUUAGAGGGUACCACCUUGCUCCACCCAGGCCUGUGAGCUGGGCUCCCGUUAGAGGGUACCACCUUGCUCCACCCAUGGCCCAGCCAGAGCGAAACCACUUCUAAAAUAUAGCUCUCUUUCCACAGUGGUCUCUAAAGAUUCGCCAUCAGAGUCCUGCUGCUGGCCUGGCAGACCAAAACUAAGGGCAAGCAGGCCCUGGGCCACAGGUGUGGGGGCACUGGCACCUCCUCUCACACAGGGGGAGCCUGGCUGUGUGGUUCCCCUGAAAUCUGAAUUGUCGGUCCUUUCUGCUUACUCACUUUCCAAGUGGGGAAGGGUCGGUGCUGGCAUCCCCGUACGACGUGAGCUUGUGGUGGGAAGCAGAGCUCAUCGAUGCCCUCUCUGGGCCUCAGUUUCUCUCUGGGAGAGGGGGAAGGUGGUAAUCCUGGAGGUUCUUUGAGACCUUUCAAGCCGUCAGUCUGGCAGCUCUAUCGUCCAGCCCCUGUCAUCUCCCAGCUGCCAGUGUGCUUUGGCUAUCCUGCUGAGUGCAGAACCGUAUAGGAGCUGAGAGAGGGAACCCACACGGAGAUAGGGCUUCACGGCAACUGCUCUCCAGUGUUCCUUUUGGCUGGCAGUCUGCCUGAGGGCUGUGAACCUUUUCUCCUCCUCCCUGCUUGGGUGGGAGGCAGUCAGGAUAAGAUGCCAGAAGAGCUUUUAAACAUCGCCAGUGGACAGGUGGGGAAAUGCAGAGAGCCUAUGGGAAGGAGGGUAGGGCUUGUGUGGGCCCUAUAGGGCCUGGCGCUUGCUCAGGUGUCUGAGGAAGCACCUGCACAGCUGGCGAGGGUGCUGGCAGAAAGGCUUCAGGGAUCUGUGAGUGACGGCACAUGCUUACAGCCACAGCCACCAGGCCAAUGCUAGAGGAUUCCUGAGAACGGAAGGCUACGUAGUGAACUCAAGACCGGCCUGGACUAUGUCGUGAGAUUCUGUGUCAGAAAACAGAGUAGAGAACGUUGGAGUAGUAGUAGCUCUGGCCAAGGCCAGGGCAGGUCUCAGCUUCUGCUGCAUCCCCCUACCAAGACAGUGCUCUGCCCCAGUAUCCUUCCUCUGCUGAGAGCUGCUGCUGGCCCGCGAUGCUCAGAGCUCAACAUGGAGCAUCUCAGGAACCAAGGAAGAAUGGUCCCUAGGGCCGUCCCCACAUCCACAGUCCUUUGCUGCCACCUGGAAAUGAUUCUGUGAACUCUUGGGACUUGACAAGAGUGCCUUUGGGUUUGCAGCUGGGAGACUUGUGCUUGGUCGGAGCCCAGAGCCAUCGGGUGUCUCAGUGCGCUGAGCAUUGGGUCAAAACCUCCCAGAGCUGGAAGCUGCUUCUCGCCGAAGCUCAAAGCACUGCUUUUGAUACGAAGAUGGAAGUUAUUCCUAUUUUAAUAUUUUACCCUAAAUAUUACAAAUGCUUAUUUUAAAAGAGGUUAAAAUAUUACAUUUUUUACCAAAGAAUGAAUCAGACUUUGAAGUUGAUGUGAACUAUUAACAGCUUUAUGUAUCAUG